CAUGUGUGGAGAAGGUUUCUCCGUUCUCACAGACUCAGUUUCCUUUCAUUGCGAUCGAUGGACGCUUCGAUUAAACUUUGUAGCACUGAAUCGCAGCUGUAGAAGGAGCGCUAUAGCUGCACGGCUGUACAAUAAAGCACGCGUGUGCUUGUUCGGCCAUUGGGGCGCUGCAGGGUCAUGAUGACGGGCUAUCAGAGAAGGAGGUGCAGAUAUUCGGGCCUUGCUUCUUGACACUCGUUUGGGGAGACCGGCAGAACGCUUCUGUUUAUGGAAGUGGAAAGAGUCGACAUGUUGAGACGGGCAUGUCAGAUAUGUGGCAGGAGCGUGCGAUAGGAGAGAAUAGUGCGCUGUGAGGUAUAUACCCUGAUAAAAACAAAGCACACAGGCCGUAAUGACACUACAGCCUGUGUGUGUUCUGUUUUCUAAGGUUUGACCUAAAGCGAAGGCUGAACUCGUGAUGAACCAGGCCCUGCUCUUCCAGCCACUUCCACCCUCGGUAACCCAGCCUCGUUUCAUUUUGCCAGCACACAUGUUGCCCUUUGUUCUUCGUGCCACUUUUGUAUCAGGUUUCUUGUUAUAGAUAAAGGUCGUGAGCGUUUCUCUGAACACAGCUUGGCACAAACAGUCCAUCGUCCCAAAAAGCCUCCAGGUCAGCAGCAGGUUCACAGCCAAAAUCUUCCCGCUGUAAGGUGACCCUGCUCACCGCUGCACCACCCAACCCCACACCUGAUGCUAAAGUCAGACCCCGUGGCUCGGUAAACCACCCGGUUUCAUUUAGAUGUCCAAACAUGUUGGAUCCGGGCUCCAGUGUGUGAGCGUCACACGGUCACUGAGUCGGUGACGGAUCCACAGGAUUAUAAAAGUAACGCCGAUGGAAAGGGAGGAGCUGUGGUGGCGAUACGCUGCCUGCAGUUUGUUUUUCCUGUCGGCUGUCUCAGUAUUUACUUAUUAGAAGUGACACACGGAGCGCUUCUCAGGAAACGGCGAUCAGUUCCUGAGAGCUCGUUUGAAUAACGUUGUUUGCAGCUCUUCCUCUGGUUCGCUGCACUGUGAAGUUAGUCUCGUUUCUUUGGCAACAGCUCACCAAAUAAAAAGUGCUGGACGGCGUGCGUUUUUCUGGCAGAUUAAAAACGAAUAAAGUUUUGUUGUUUUAUGCCACGGAUGGUUGUUUUUGUAACAAACCUGCUGUGGUGCUUCACAAGGAUUUAAGACUUUGUUCUUCUUCGUUUGAGGUAAAAUGAGUAGAGAACAGACGGGCUUGUUCAAACACUGGUGUUCAGCCUCGAUUCUGCAGUCGCUCAUUCGGACUUCAGCCACUAGACUGAUUGUUGACAGGAGAGACGGCGUGAUUGGUGCGUGUGUGUGACCUGUGGGGGAAUAUCGGCUCGAAGCAUAAAGGGUUAGAAAAGAUCGGACGUUGGUGUUCGUCAGAGCCCGACUCUCCUCCACCUUCUGCUUCCUCACGUCAGCUGUUCUCUGUCUUCCUCUCCACCUCCUGUCUUUCCCCCCUCUGCUCUUUCCGUAGCCUGUGUUGCAUUUCCGUGAACGGCGGCGUGGCUUUCGUGCUUCUUGACGACGCCGGUGUCACUCUGGUCCCUCCCAGCAAUCAGCGUGUUUUUGUUUACACCCGUUCCCCUCCCUCCAGUCCCUCAGGACAAAUAUCUUACAUCAGAUCACUCCAAGCAUUUAUAGCAGUGCGUUUGAAGCUCAGGACUCCCACCGUGGCCAAAUAUAGUAAACUGUGUGUGGAUGAGUAAGAGCGUGCGUGUCCUGAGUGAGCAGCUCUGGGGUAAAAACCUGUUUGUUAUUGUUCCCAGCUCUUUGCCUGUAGACACCGCGGCCAAUUAAAGGGGAGGUUUUAAGUGUUAUGAGCAGGAAGUGUUGCGUGUGUGGCUGCACGCUAUUGGCUGCCCGGCUUUCUCCCGCGUUCUCCCCCGAGGAUCGAGCAGCCGGGGCUUUUACUGCCGUGGCCAAAUGAAAGUGUGCGUGGACAACUGUAAGCACAGUGCCUGCACCCCCCAGGGCCAGUGCUGCCACGACCAGUGCCUGGGCAGCUGCUCUGAGCCGGGUAACGCCAGCAGCUGCGUGGCCUGCAGGAACCUCCAGCACGGGAACGCCUGCGUAGAGAAAUGUCCUCCUGGAUACUAUAUCUUCAGAGGGUGGCGCUGUGUCAGCUUUGCUUUCUGUCAGGACCUCCACAACCAGUGUAAGCAGACUCGGAAACAAAACCAGGACCGGGACUCGGGCUGCCAUGAAUACGUCAUCCACAGCGGAGCCUGUAUCCCAGAGUGCCCUUCCGGAUAUUCCAGUAUAAAUUCCACUACGCUGACUUGCUCACGGUGUGCGGGCUUGUGUCCUAAAGAGUGUGUGGGAAACAAGACCAUCGACUCGGUAACGUCGGCCCAGGCUUUGAGGGGGUGCACCAUUCUUAAAGGCAACAUGAUCAUCAAGAUUCGAGGAGGCAAUAACAUAGCAGCCGAAUUGGAGGCGAGUUUGGGUCAGAUUGAAGAGAUCACAGGCUACCUGACCAUCCGCAGAGCUUACGCCCUGGUCUCCCUCUCAUUCCUCCGCAAACUACGUGUCAUCAGGGGGGAGCAGCUCGAGGCAGAGGCCUAUGCCUUCUAUGCGCUGGACAACCAGAACCUCCGUGAGCUUUGGGAUUGGUCCAAGCACAACCUAACCAUCCUGCGUGGUCGCACAUUCUUCCACUACAACUCUAAGCUUUGCAUGUCUGAAAUCCGAAAGAUGGAGACGGUGACUGGAACCCGGGAGCGAAACCAAAAGAACGACAUCGCUUUACGCAACAACGGGGAGCAAGCUUCCUGUGAGACGAAGCUGCUGAACUUCACUUUGAUAAAGACCAAGUCGAAUAUGAUUAUACUGAGGUGGGAGCCAUUCUGGCCAGCAGACUUUAGGGACCUGCUGGGAUUCAUGGUUCUCUACAAAGAGGCGCCGUAUAAGAACGUCACCGAGUUCGAUGGACAGGACGCCUGCGGCUCUAACAGCUGGGUGAUCGCCGAUGUCGAUCCGCCGCCUCGUUCCACGGAGGGAAAGAAGGCAGACGACCCGGGGUACCUGAUCCGACCGUUGAAGCCCUGGACCCAGUACGCCAUCAUGGUCAAAACGCAGCUGUCUGCGUCUGACGAGCACCAGGUCCACGGAGCCAAGACCGAGAUCAUCUACGUUCAGACGGAUGCUUCCAAACCCUCUGUUCCUCUGGACCCCAUCUCCUCCUCCAACUCCUCCUCUCAGAUCAUCCUGAAGUGGAAACCGCCCACCAGUCCCAAUGGCAACAUCACCCACUACCGGGUGGUCUGUCGAAAGCAGGCGGAGGACAGCGACCUGUACAAAUUCGACUACUGCUUACAAGGAAUGAAAGUGCCGUCUCGCAUCCCGACCCACCUGGACAGCGAGGAUGAGCACAAGUGGAACCAAACAGAUGAGCCCACCUCGGGCGGCAGGUGCUGCGCCUGCCCCAAGACGGACAGCCAGCUAAAGAAGGAGCAGGAGGAGAUAGAGUACCGCAAGACCUUCGAGAACUACCUGCACAACGAAGUCUUUGAGAGCAGACCAUCCCGGCGGCGCCGCUCGGUGGGAGUUGCUAAUGCCACCCAGCCUCCUCUCUUCCUUACUACAGUUCCCAAUCUGCAGUUGGAUUCAGGCACAAUCGCCCCCGAUGGCGAGGAUCAAGAGGAAUCCAAGGUGGAACAAAAGGUGUUCUCAAAGGAGUCGACGGUCAUCUCCAACCUGCAACACUUUACCAGUUAUAAGAUAGAGAUCAUAGCCUGCAACGAUCCGACAGAUCCCAAACGCUGCAGCAUGGCUACUUAUAUCAGUGCCCGAACUAUGCCUGAGGAGAAAGCAGACGACAUCCCGGAGCCCGUGACCCACGAGAUUGUGCAAGGCGAGCCUCCCUAUGUGUUGAUUAAGUGGAAUCCACCCAUCAACCCUAAUGGGCUCAUCAUCCUGUACGAGGUCUUCUACAAAAAGGUCGGAGACUCAGAGGUUCACACGACCUGUGUGUCACGGCCGGCCUAUCAGAAGCUCGGUGGCACCAAGCUUUCCCUUGUUCAGCCUGGAAACUACAGCGUGAGGGUUCGCGCCACCUCGCUGGCAGGAAACGGCUCCUUUACUGAGAUGAUUUACUUCUUCAUGCCCAACCCUGAUCAAGGUUUGAUUUGGAUUGUCAUGGGUCCCGUCAUCUGCUUCAUCCUGCUGCUACUCGCGGGAGGUGGAGCGUUUGUGUACUUCAAAAAAAGGCAAACCGAAGGCCCCUUAGGAGAUCUCAUCACCUCUCCAAACCCCGAGUACUUCAGCGCUGGUGACAUGUACGUUCCUGAUGAGUGGGAGGUGCCCCGGGAGAAGAUCGCACUGCUCAGAGAGCUCGGUCAGGGCUCCUUCGGUAUGGUGUACGAAGGAGUCGCCAAAGACAUCGUCAAAGGCGAUCCGGAGACGCGCGUGGCCGUCAAGACGGUCAACGAAUCGGCCAGCCUGCGAGAGAGGAUCGAGUUCCUCAACGAAGCCUCCGUCAUGAAGGCUUUCAGCUGUCACCACGUGGUGCGUCUGCUCGGCGUGGUGUCCAAAGGUCAGCCCACCCUGGUAGUGAUGGAGCUGAUGACCCACGGGGACCUGAAAAGCUACCUGCGGAGUCUCAGGCCAGACUCUGAGAACAACCCGUCUGGUUCCCCACCGCCGACUCUGAAAGACAUGCUCCAGAUGGCUGCAGAAAUCGCCGACGGCAUGGCCUACCUCAACGCUAAAAAGUUUGUCCACAGAGACCUCGCAGCCAGGAACUGCAUGGUGGCGGAGGACUUCACCGUCAAGAUCGGAGACUUUGGUAUGACACGAGACAUCUAUGAGACGGACUACUACCGUAAAGGAGGGAAGGGCCUGCUUCCUGUCCGGUGGAUGGCACCCGAGUCCCUGAAGGACGGAGUCUUCACCGCCCACUCUGACUGCUGGUCGUUCGGUGUUGUGCUGUGGGAGAUCAGCACGCUGGCCGAGCAGCCUUACCAGGGUUUGUCCAACGAGCAGGUGCUGAAGUUCGUCAUGGAAGGAGGAUUCCUGGAUCGACCGGAGAACUGCCCUGAGAGGAUGCACAGCCUCAUGCAGAUGUGCUGGCAGUACAAUCCCAAGAUGCGUCCGACGUUCCUCGAGAUCAUCGAGAUGCUGCGGGACGACCUGGACCCGUCUUUCCAGGAGGUCUCCUUCUUCUACAGCGAUGAAAACAAAGUCCCCGAGACGGAGGAGUUUGACCUAGACCUGGACAACAUGGAAAGCAUCCCCCUGGACCCUUCUUCUUACUCCCAGAGAGAGGAGAGCUUAUCCAGGGACAGCGGGCCCUCGGUGGCCCUGAGGGGGAACUAUGAGGAGCACGUCCCCUACACACACAUGAACGGUGGCAAGAAAAAUGGAAGAAUUUUAUCAUUGCCCAGAUCCAGCCCUUCCUAACACUUCCCGUUUCCUCAAAGAACUCUUUGAAGCUUUCCCUUUGUCCCUUUCCGAUCUAUUUUUCUGUCUCCUUCGUGUUCCUCUCAUCAUUUUGGAUGAUGGCGAUUUUCUUAUUCUUCAGAGAAGCCCUUCAAAAAACAAAAAAAGAGACACAAAUCUCAGGACUUUUUAUUUUCUUCCUCGUGGCUCCAGAACACAGGCAAGAUGAUGCAAACGUGGUGUAACACAUCAGACCAGAAAACCAUCGCUCGUCACUAACGCCGCGUUUCCACGACUCCUUGUGAUGGAAACGGGGAAAAAACAGAAAACUGUGAACACAACAAACCUUAGACAACCAAGAAGGCUGCUCGUGCUCGACCUCCUCGAGACUCGCCCCUCCUCCUCUCCCACCGAUCCGCAUUUCCACGAUUCUGUGCUUUUUUAUUUUAUUUCCCUCUUUUUACUCAGAUAGUGGCCUUUGUGUACGUGGCCUGUAAACAAAGUGUCUGUCAGCUCACGCUACUUGUCCUUUUUGAACAAUGACUUAAUCAGUGGGAUGACUUGCAAAGACUUGAUGGUAGAACAAACAUCUAUUCCUAGAGGAAUGUUUUUGUUGUUUGUUUGUUUGUUUCUGCAGAAUUCCAAACGACAGAUUCGUCGGGUGUUUGGUGACAACUUUUAAUUUAUUUGCUUCAAACGUUUCUUUUUGUGUCCUCAAGGCUGAAGGAUAUUUAAACAGUUAAGAAUUGGACAAAAAGAGUCCCUCAGACUGACCAAUAACUGCUGCUUUCAUAUAUUUUAGUGGGUAUAGAAUUAUAUGAGUAUAUAUAAUACACAUAUAUAUGGAAUAUUGGUAUUUCCCUACCAAUAUUUUAUAUAUAUAUAAAAUAGAUGGCAUUGUAAAUAGUUUGUAAUAUUUUCCAUCAGGAGCUUUGCUUCUUCUUUGUUUUGUCGGGUUUAUUAUUCACAUUUUUUACUUCCUUAUUUUUAUCGCCCCAGAAAUCGCUCCAACCUACCGGCAGUGCUCUCGGUGUCUUAGGCCUCCCGCCUCCCUCUUAGUCUUUGUCUGGAUGGGAAACCUGGAAAUGCUGUAAGCUGACUGCAUUUCUUUCCUCUCAAAGUGCACAAUAGUUCAAGACUUCACUACAGCUUUGAAAAUAAACUAAAAACAAAACAACCAAAAAAAGAAAAAGAAGCUUUAUGAGGCGUUUGUAGGUCGGCGUGCUCGGGUGCGCCGUCUCUCGCGUCUUCGGUGGCGUUGAGGCUCCCACGUGUUUGUUCCUGCGGUUUUCAUUUUUUAAUUUAUUUUUGUGGUUUCUCCGGUUUGCCCGUCUGUGUCAGCUGCUGGCGAGGUUAGACGGCGCGGUGCUGCUCGGAGUAAAGGCGGAGCAUGAACUGACAGCAGCGGUUGGGUGGGGGGGGGAGGCGUUCUGCGUUAGAUGGAGGGGGUUAUCAGAGUCACGCGUUGCCCCUCCACCCGUGCUUGGUCUCCCCGAGGCGUCCUGUUUGCUGCUGAUGUUCAAGAUUAGCCUGGUGGAAAAUUCCAGGUUUUGUGGUCGAAGCCUGAAGGAGACAUACGGACAGCUCCACCUGCAGAUGGAGGGGGGGCAGUCUCCCUGUAUUUUUGAGAGAGCACAGGGAGGGGGGGCUGCCAGUUGGUUGCUAAUCCCAUUAUUCUCCCUGCUAUCACUGCAGACUGUGUGCAGCAGCUGUUUCACUCAGGUCUGACAUUCCAGUUGAGUUGGAGCUCCUCGUUCCCUCGAGCCUUUGCUGCCUGUUGGCAGAGCUCACACUAUCACACAGACAGACGUUCGCUUUUUGAUUUUCCUCCUUAAUAGAUGACUUCAACACACACGGUGGCAGACAGAUUUUUCUGAACAUUCACACAAGCAGAAACUUGUCAAAUUGCUCCUGAUGAUGAUUCAAAAACAUUCCCGUCCACUGAUCCAGAGUUCAAACAAGUCAAGUGUCCUUACGGCUGACCUUUCACUGACCCGCCUUCAUUCAGAGCCCAAAGGUCACCGGUGUUUCGCAGCGGGCCAGCCCGCGGCCGCUCUUCUGUGGUCCUCAGGCAUCAGCCGAUAGUCAGCGGAUCUUCUUCUCCCCCGAACACACAGAGCAGUGCGGGUGCCAAACUGAACAGACUCACAGCCAAAGCGUUGCUCUCUCACCAAGAACCCAGAGAGUCGAGUCAGAGACCGCCGGGAAGCUGCCUCCAGAUAUUUACCAGUGCCUUCUCAAACCCUGAGCCUCUUCAGGCUAAAUCUAUUGGCUGUAGUUCAACACACACACACAGACGACUCACUGCUUUCUCAUAUUUUUUGGAGGCGGUGUUUCUGCUGCAGACACCGUCGAUCACACCGGGCGCGGAUCGGCCCGAGUCUGCGCCGUGGCCACUAAAAGGGGGCCGGAAAUGAUGGAGCUGUUUUUAGCUCCUCGUACUGAGGAGUGAAAGCCGCGGGCCGGUGGUAGUUUGGAAAGAUAAAAGCAGACUAACAUCAGCUGCGUGUGUGUCGUGAAAUAUUCCAACUGCAUCACGAAAAGCCGCUCGGAGUCGGCACGUCGCGUGUUCCGGCACGUCGCGUGUUCCUGCACGUCGCGUGUUCCUGCACGUCGCGUGUUCCUACACGUCGCGUGUUCCUGCACGUCUGCAGCUCUGAACAUUUUCUUAUGAUCAUCAUCCUGUGAACAAGAACACCGUCAGCAUGUUUAGGGCCGCUGAGGGUGGAGUAAGUGCUGCAGGCUGGUCAGCUGUAGAGAUGAGUCGGCGGUGGUGAGCGGCAGGAGUGCUCGUUAGUUAAUUAGUUAGUAAUGAUUGUCGUCUGUGUGUUUGGCCGGAGUCUACCUCAGUGCACACGGAGGAAUCAGUCUGCGGAGCCUGAGUCAUGGAUGGCGCGGGAAAGCUGAUCUUCCCAGGUUGCCGUCUUGCGUCCGUGGCGUGCUCUUAUAGACUCUCACAUCUUAUGUUCAAGCCCGCGCGUCGCGUUUUUAAGAGCACUCAUCGCCCCUCUCCUCUGCACGUUUCGUGAACAUUUCUUCACACAAAGCUUCCCACGGUCACUGGAAGCAGCACCGUAGCUUUACUGGUCCCCUUCUCCGCGCUCACCGGGCCUCCGGGCUGCGCGCAAAGCGGCUCUGAUAUCAGAGAACGUGACACUGACAAGAAAAACCAAUAAUAUCGUGACUCUGUUCAUAUCUGUGAUUGCCUUCACGCAGCCAAGGCUGACCGAGCUCAGCCGUGGACCUCGCGCUGCUUUAUCUUCUUCGGCGCGUCGAACUGUCUCCGUGCGGUCGAAGCAGUCGCUGUGUUCACAUCUCGAGUCUCCUCCUGUUGUACUUUUGUUUCUCUGUUCUGAUUUCAUUCUGUACGUAUGCUUUUGCUUUUUCUACUGUGAAUGUCGAGUGAUGACCUGCAUUUCCUGUCAAUGCCGUGGAUUGGGUCUGUCGUGGCAGGACGCAGACGUCCGGGCUGCUUACAGGAGGACUUUAACCCCCACCCCCUCCUCCGCCUCUGAAAGGGACUCGGACCAUCCUGUGUGCCAUAACAACUAUUAACUGAAAUCUCGAUUGUAACUUUUUCGUCUCAGGGAGGCGGCCCGAUGCUUACGGUUGGAGAGUAAAGAGGAGGAGGAGGAGGAAGAGCUACCUACCUACCUUUCAUCUGCUCUGACUGAAGCGCAAGUUCUCAGCAUCCUUGCAAAAAGGCGACAGAAACCUAAACACUCUUCUCAUAAAUCAGUUUUUCCCAGCCUGUGAAAUCAGUCAGGACCGCUCCACUCACACGUGAUCUGGUGUGGACUACCCUCUAGUGGUCGGAUGGGAGCGUUGCGCGUCAGGGGCUGCAAGGACAAACGGCUUCCCCGCUCCUGCGCCAACCCACAGUGCCUAAAGCUCCGUCUGACCCCCUCCUGAGCAGAACCGCCCCUGACAGUCCACCAAUCACAAAAGAGGAUUUUCCCGCCUCCGAACACAAAAUGAAAAUCACAUAAAUUUUGUUCUUGGCGAAACUAUUCUGCUUUUUUUGUUGUUUUAGGAAAUCAUUGUUUUUCUUUUUAACCUUCCCUCCACGCGGAGAGAAAAUAACAGCUGAACUUGUCUCUGCUCCGCUAAGCUCUGGCUUGCUUUGUGCAUGAAGAUGAAACAUCUGUACCAGCAGAUCGUUUGAUGCUUACUCAUUUUGUUUGUUUUAUUUUGAUUUUGACACCUCAAAGUCACGCAAACACCCGCAAUUAGCGACAAGUGAGCGCACAAACAUUGAAAAGUGCGUUCGUUUGCUGCACGAUUUGUAUGUUUGUCAUUUUCGUUUUGAAUGAACCCAAUAAUAAGCUCUUACGUGUAAAUAGCAGCAGAUCUUCUCGUCCCUGGAAACAAAACGAGAGCGCUUCACUUUUAGGGAAGUUUGGCUUUGUUUUGCUGAACUCUGGUUGGACAGAGCAUGCUAGUAACGCAGCACAGGGUGAGAACAAAGCAUUGUAUGUAUUAUUGUUUUGUUUUAAAGAGAAAAGUAUUACGUUUUAGAGAUGUUGAUAUCUAUUUUUUUUCUAGCCAAAGUAGGGAGGCCGAAUACGACGACCUUUUCUGACUGUAAACUUUUACUACUCUUGUACAUUUUGAAUUUAACAUUGUUAUCAAUGUGUAUAUAACUUUUUCUAAAUUCUUUUUGUUUUUUCAUGAAACAGCCCACUACAGAGAAGCGCGAGUCUGUUAUUGCGCGGCUGCAGUCUCACAGCUUCACGAGUACGCGGCCUGAAAUGUUUCGCACGCCGACCCCGCUCUUAGUCCGAUGCAUGUCCUGAAUGUUGGCCCGAGAGGUCGUGCGAUUUCGGCCCGCCCCCGCCUCCACCCGGCCCCGGCGGCAUGCCACCCUGUCACCCGUAAAGCCUUUCUCACCUCACACACGCUUCACCUGUCGCAGGUGUUUUUGUGUGAAAAUGUUUCCAAGUAACUUGUUUGUUGUUGUUGUUUCUUUGUGAGUGUGGACAAACUGGAAAAGACCACUGUGCGUUAUUUUGAAGAAGAAAACAAAAAAACACAAGCGAGAAAAUCCUGAAUAAGCUAAAGAGAAAACGUGUUAUUGGAGAGGCGUGUCCUCCGCCAGGCUCUCGGCUGCAGAGCUGGAAGGCUGUCACAGGAGUCGUGCAUGCUUUGGUGAAUUCCCUCACGGAGAGGUAAAGGGGAGCUAUUAGUCACUUACUUUUAUAUGAGCUGUUACGGGGUGAGUUAAGCUAAAGUUUCCCAAAAAAUGACUUCAGUGUGUGUGCAUGCAAUCCCUGUGACUUUUUUCUACUCUUGGCUCUUUGUGAUGUCAUAGAGAGGGGCUAGUGUUGUUUCAGGCAGUGGAUAAAGUAACUGGUUGGACCAACCCUGAGAUUUGGAUAAACAAAGGACUCAUUCAAAGCGACUGUAGCGUAGCGGGUCCUCUCUAAACGCUCACAUAAAGAUUAGAAAGAGCGAGCGUGACUCUGAUUAACCAAUGAACACAUCACCUGGAUGGUUUAGUCCACAGAAGACCAGCGACAACAGUUUCUCACAUUUACUGGUUAUUUGCUGAACCAUGUCCGACUGCACUAAAUUCAGAGUUUCUCACGGUGUGUGUGUGUGUGUGUGUGGACUAAACAGAUUAGUUAUAAUGUGUCUAAUAUUGAACUGUAGGAUUUUAAGGUGUUUUAUCCUGUAUGGAAGCUUGUUUCUGCCACUGGAGCAAAAACAAAUUGAGUAUCUCGGAAUUUCAGCUCGACAGUUUAGGUUAGUUUAGGUUAGUUUAGGUUUAUCAGUUUACUUCUGCAUAAGUCUAAAAAUGUGACUUAUGCAGAAGUAAAUUGAAAUGCUGAGAUAUUAAGUGCAAGAUUAAACGUAGGUGUCUGAUGGGCUUUAUUCGUCUUCGAUUGGUGGAAACGAGCUUGGUAGUUUCGCUCAGAGCCACACUCGCCGUGUUCUCCAGUGUCGGACUUUGUGCUAAGCUAGCUGCCUCUGUGCUACAGCUUGGUGUUCCCCCAUAACAUGAACAAGCUUUAUACGAGCGUAAAGGCUGAACCUCUCCUAUGAAUGAUUCCAGUCCUGUGUGUCGCAGCUCUUUGUCAGGUGACAGACAUGAGGACGAGCUUGUGAGAGUCACCCGCCGGUCCAGUGGUCUGCUCCAGUUUACACACCAGUGUGCGAUGCUCGGUCCGAGUGUGUCGUCGUCCUCGGUUGAGAUCUUCACGAGCGCUCUCUUCGUCCUCCUGUUACUUCACGUUUCCUCUCUCCUCGUGCACAUAGGUGGUCCCCAGAAUGCUCUGUGUUGUCUUGCAGGAUACCUCUUUGUUAAUGUCAUUUUAUUGGCGAUGAAUAUGCUGAUGUAUUCUUUUUGGGAUAUGUUGUGUAUACGUUAUGUUGAAAUGUCGGCGUGUACGCAUACAGCAGGUGUAUAUGUGUGUAUGUGCAGUGCAAAAACACAAAAACGACAAAAAAAGGACACCUCGCCCCAAAACCCGCAAGAGAUCGCUUCAUCCCUGACACUGGAUCCAGAUGUGCCAUUAUCUUUAUGUACCACAAAAUAUCGACUACACAGUCUCACACACACACACACAUGCAUAUUGUACAGGAUCAAAAAUGUGCCAUGACGAAAUGAACGCUUGACAAUUUAUUUUUUCUAUGUUUUCAAAGGAGAGCCAAGUAGUGACGUGUACAGAAAGUGUUGCAAUGAUAUGAAAAUAAAAAUCUUGCUGUGUGUAAAUUAUUCAACAAUUAACUGUUUAUAUUAAAAUUAUGAAUAAAAUUAUUGGAGAAUA